AUGGUACAGUCACCUAAGCAGAAGGCUAGAGUAGUGAUUAAAGUUUUGAAAAAGUCAGAGAAACAUGUUAAGCCUGACACUGAUGAACUUUCAAAGGAAAUUGUUCCUUCGAUAACUGGGGUAUUCAAGUGUCUUAAAAAGAAAGCUCAUAGAUCACAAAAGUAUCAUGAAAGAUUUUCUAGCUUUUCUCCUUCUAUGGUUCGAAAGCCACAUGUUACUUGGAAAGUUCUUGUUAUUCGUGAAGUUCCCGUUCCUGUUUCUCCAUCCUCCAAGAAGCGAAGGGCUGAGGAUGUUGCUAAGCACAUUUCGAUGAAGAGCAAAAAGAGAAAGCUGAUUAUUCAUGAAGAUUCUAUGGAAGAUGUUGAAGUUCCUGAAACACCGAUGGGUGAUGUUUCAUUCAAGAACAAAUCUCCUAUCAAAUCGAAUCUCAAGGAGAUAGUUAUUUCCAAUAACUCUGUGGAAACUUCUAUAGUGGACACAACUACUAUUGUUGGAGUCUCGAACACUGAAAACCCUGCUUCUACUCAAGGUAUUUUUGAAAUUGUAGUCAUCACUAACAAUAUUUCUUUGCCACCAUUUGUCACCAUAGUUCCCACUACAUCACACUCACCUACAUUUGAUUUUGUCAUAAGUCAACCAAUUACUUCUCUAUUUCCGUCUCAAUCUACUGGGCCACCCAAACCAAUCAUUGAUGAUGCUACUGAUGAUGGAGGGUUUGGAGGAUCAUUUGUUGACUUAGAAUUUGAUCUUGAAGAAGAAAACUUACCAUAUCAUAUGUUAAUGUCGGGGAAGCAGUUCAAAAUUCUCAACAAAAAACUUAACUGA